UUUCAGUCUGUUGAAGUAGCUUUCCCGGUGUGUUUCGCGAAACGUGCACAAUUGUGGAGUUAAUAUCAGCUAGCAGUAGCAUCAUCAUCAUCACCAUCAGUAUCUAGGAUUGAUGUCUGCAUUUGUCUGAGAUUGUUUAUGUGUGGUGAAUAGCAGCUAGUGGCAGUGCAACAAGUUGUUUUCGUUGGGAUAGAGAUAGUCAAAGGAAGUGGUAAUAUCCACUGCCAUUCACUGCGGGAAUUUGUGUAGUGGUUGUUUGGUGAACCAGCUCAACUUCCGCUUUUAAGUGCCUACCGUAAUGGACUCAACGUCUAUUGACUGAAAUAUUGAAAAACGUACAGUGAUAUUGGUAUAGUCUAAAAGAAAAAAAGAAAAUCAUAGAAAAGCUCAAAGUGAAGGUGAAAAAAUACAAGAAGUUUGUGAAAUUCAUUGAGUUAGCAGGGACAGUGCAUUAAAUGUUGAGUUUGGUCGAACAUUUCCCGCUAAAGAAAAACUACAUUUGCAAGUACCAACAGUACAGCGGAAAGCAGUGAUUGAAUUGUCCCACAAGAUUCGGAUUUCAAACCAUUCACUUGAUUGGAUUUUAGCAGUUCCCGGAACAGGACAUUUCACAAGCCAAGAUAUCGUUCCGCAGCAAGUCAGGCCCCAGAGAAUCCGCCAUGAAGACGGAUGAAAAAACCAACGUGCCGAGGGUGCGGAUAGCAGUCCUCGGGAACAUGAACGUCGGUAAAUCAGCCCUCACCGUGCGGUAUCUGACGCGAAGGUUCAUCGGCGAGUACCGCUCGAACACCGACCUGCUGUACAAACAGACGGUGACCCUGGAAAGUGGGGUGUUGGACGUGGAAAUCGUGGACAUUUCGGCGGAAAACGAGAAUGAUUUCCCGGUGGAGCAGAUCCAGUGGGCCGAUGCGUGCCUUAUCGUGUACAGCAUCACGGACCGGGCCAGCUACGAGUAUGCCCAGCGGUCCCUCGGCGAGCUCCGCCAGCUGCAAAACUCACCCUCGGCCUAUCUGAUCGGGAACAAGGCCGACCUGGACCACUUGAGAGAGGUUCAGGAAACGGAAGGAGCCACCCUAGCCGCCUCGCACGCCAUUGGCUUCUGCGAGGUUUCCGUCGCCGACAACUCUCCUGCCCUGUACAAAGCAUUUGAACGGCUACUGAUUGAGUCGAGGGCCCGCCCAGUCAAACCGCGCAAAUUUUCCGUCAGCAAAAUGUUUGGUACCCUCAUCGGUAACAAUGGCACCCGACAGCCUUCGACAACCGUCAGCCAAGGCACGGUCGUUCCGUGCCACAAGGGAGAACUGCACAAGUCUCGGGUAAUGAAACGGCGACAGGCAUUCACCGCGACGGCAUCUCUAUGACCGACAUCGACUGCGACCGAGGACAGCAACUAAACACUACAGUACGGUUCUUCUUCUAGUCCCGAAUCGCUUUUGUACCAACCUCCGCCGAAUGCACUUCUGAUGAGAGGAAGGUACGGAGCAGGAGCGGUAUUACAAUAGAUGGGAUCACGAUGCAGUGGUGGCAGAAGCGUUCAACGUAUCAUUGACUGACGGAACGGGAGAGAAGAUCUUGGUCGGUUGGUCGGAAUUCGGCUGAACAUAAGUGCGGCGACGCGAAGUGCCGCGCCAUGUGCUAAGCCAGCAGGUCACCGCCGCCGGACGGUGGAAUGAACGAAAUGUGAUUUUAAUUUUAGCAUUCUCUAAACGAUUUGCUGAAGUGCUUUGCAGCCGUCGCGCCGUAGUGCAGGAAGCCGUUACUCAUCAGCAGCCAACACAUGAACAUGGGUAGGAUCUGAAGCAUGGUGCAGAAAUUACGUAACGCUCACAUAAAUCGUAACACUUCGGUGGCGUUAUUGAAUUUGAGUAUCAUACUCAACACCACUCCACCCUAGGAUAUUGAGCUAUAGCGUGCAGUCGUGGUCCUAUCUGCGUUACGUAUUAUGCAUAGAACAUCUCUUUAUCGUUUUAGAUAGAGUGAUGCUUCGAUAGCAGCGAUUGAUGUGGGAUAGGAAAAAUGUGCUACCAUAAACUUACAAUACUAGCAAAAUACUUUAAUAACCUCUUUUGAUGGAUCAUUGAAAUAACUAAAACGACUGUUACAGAAAGUCUUGAUGUUUUAAUACAAAACAUAUGAUCUUUUUGUCUAACCAAUGAUCCAUUUGCAUUUUGAGUUUGAAAUCAUAAGCUAGUAUAGGUGUGAGAAAUGACUCAACAAAAAUAAUUACCUGCUCAAAACGUUCGAUCAUAUAUAUAGAUAAUUCGGACAUGUAAGUACGAUAUGAGUAGCUUUAACUGAUUAACAUCUAUGUACCAGUUGUCUUCCUUGGCUUAGUUUGGUUGAGAACGAAUGUAAGAAUGGCAGCUUUAUCAAAAAAGCUCUCAAUUAAAGCAACGGAAAUGCUUCAAAGCCAAAACAAUUGCUGUUGAAAUACCUUGCCGGAAAUGAGAAGACAGAGAUGCAUGGGCAUAGUCAGGUUUUUAAUCAUGGGGAGGCGAGUGACAUUGUUAUUAAUUAAUCCAGACAUCAAUGUGUUUCUCGAAGUAUUUAUCCAAAGAAUCCUUAGAUGACCAAAAAAUAUCAAUUAUUUUUUCCAGGUACUUAGCUUUCUCCAAAAAUUAAAACAAAAACGUAUUGCUUUGAAAAUAGAAGGUUUAACUUCAUGAGUUGCAAUAGGAUUAGUCGCAAUGAUUCCUUCAUUUAGUACUUCAUGGAUUUCUUUAGGAAUUUGUUCAAGCAUUCCACAAAUUCUGACCUUACAGCUGCACUGAUAGCAUAUGCCGUAAUUUAUCAACAGAUUUCUUUAAAUAUGUUCUCUCAAAUACCGUGAGAUACUCGAGAUCUCUAUAGAGAUUGUUACUAGGAUACUGUCAAUAUUGUUUCAAGAACUUCUUUCAUUCAACUUUUUUCUUGAUAAUUCGUCAUCAAGUAUCUUUCCUGAGAUAUUUCUCUGAAGAUUUGUAUUUUCGUGAGAAAUAUUAUUUAACUUAUCCGUUGACCAGUUCUAGGUUAUGUUCCUGAUGCAGCUAAAUUGUCCAAGAUAGUGUGCGUAUCUUUAUAGAAUUCAAAAAUGUCUAACUGAUCACAAAAAUUCUUCCAAAGACUUAUGUAGGAGUUUGGCUAGGAACUCCUCCAAAAUACUAAUAGCAGUUUCUCCAGAAGCGUUUCCUAAAUUCGUUCAACUCUUCAGAGAUUUGUACAAGUAUUCAUAAUAAACUCCUACAGGAGUUUCUAAUUGAAUUUCUUCUAGAUUGAUUCAAUAAACUCUUUCAGAAUUUCAAUGAAAAUCAUAGAUGAAAUUCUAGCAAAAAUCUCUGAUGGAAUUACCUAUAGAAAUAUCUGCAUAAAUUUUAAGGAUUUUUUUCCCGAUUAGUUGUUUGAUUCUGCUUUAUGUUUCACAAUGUUCCGUUUCGUUUUACUCCGUUCCUUGAGAUUAACGUUUGAACUGUUUUUAAAAAGAAAAAUUUAAACGAUGUGAAGCUAAGUGAGGGCCACAUUCCACUUUUGGCUACGCCCAUGCAAAGAU